UUUGUUUUUUAUGUUCAAUCAUAGUUUAUCAAUAUAACAUUCCUCUUUUGUUUUCGGUCAAAGUUUGCAACACUUUUUUACAUCACUUUCACCAACUCAACAACCUACAAAACAGUUAACAUAUCGGCUUCAGCUAUCACGGCCGCAUGUUUUUUGUUGUGUUUGAUAUAUAUUUCUUGCUAAUAAUUACUUUUGUUUAUUAUGUGAACAUAUAAGCCACAAGUUUAUUGGCUUGGUCCAUCUCAACAUCCAAAAAAAAAGAAAAAAAGAAAAAAAAAACAUGAAACUGAAGAUAGAUAUUGAUGAAGAUGUUUCUUCAAUUUGUGAGUCAACAGCAUCCCUUACCGAAGGUUGCAGACUCUCUGUGCGUAUGCAUAAAACCGAAGACUGGCCUUUGGCGGAAGUGGUUAGCAUUAAGGAGCUUGAAGGGAAACGGCAAUUCUACGUACACUAUGUAGACUUUAAUAAACGUUUAGACGAGUGGGUUACUGAGGAGGAUUUGGAUACCCGCAAGGUGCAGUUUCCGCGCAGAGAUGGCAGCGUAUCUAGACCCACAUCACCCAAACCUUCAGGAGGAGGAGGGAUAGGAGAAAUGGUCAAUGGUAAUGCUGUCUUGGCAGCUGCAUUGCAAAAAAAGAUCAAUAGGAAAAGAAAGAUAAAUUCUACCCCCUUACCACCCGGUCCUGUGCAUCCAGAAUGCUCGCCAGCAUUUGCGUCAGUAACAGGCACUGAGGAGAUCUCCCAAGAUGGUAAAAUUGUGACCCCACGACAGUCGGGUAGUAUGGUCAGCAUACAUCAAGACGAUGUAGUGACAAGAAUGAAAAAUAUCGAAAUGAUUGAAUUGGGUAGACAUCGCAUAAAACCGUGGUAUUUUUCUCCCUAUCCACAAGAAUUGUGUCAAAUGCCAUGCAUUUAUAUUUGCGAAUUUUGUUUAAAAUAUCGCAAGUCACGGAAAUGCCUCGAGCGCCAUUUAGUUAAAUGUCAUUUACGGCAUCCUCCUGGUAACGAAAUUUAUCGCAAAAAUACUAUAUCCUUUUUUGAGAUAGACGGUCGAAAGAAUAAAGUGUACGCUCAGAAUUUGUGCCUGCUGGCUAAAUUAUUUUUGGAUCAUAAGACUCUUUACUACGAUACAGAUCCUUUUCUGUUUUAUGUAAUGACAGAAUAUGAUGCACGCGGUUUUCACAUAGUCGGAUAUUUUUCUAAAGAGAAGGAAAGCACUGAGGAUUAUAAUGUAGCUUGUAUACUGACGAUGCCUCCUUAUCAACGUAAAGGUUAUGGCAAAUUGUUAAUUGAAUUCAGCUAUGAGUUGUCAAAAUUUGAGGGAAAAACUGGAUCACCGGAAAAGCCCCUAUCCGAUUUGGGUCUAUUAUCUUAUCGUUCUUACUGGGCGCAAACCAUACUAGAAAUUUUCAUCAGUCAAAAACCUACAAGUGAUGGAGAGAAACCAACAAUCACUAUUAAUGAUAUUUGCGAGGUGACUUCUAUUAAAAAAGAGGAUGUCAUUUCUACAUUGCAAAAUCUCAAUUUGAUCAACUAUUACAAGGGUCAGUAUAUAGUCUGCAUUAGCCGAGACAUCAUAGAUCAGCAUAAGAAAGCUAUGGAGAAACGGAAAAUACGUAUAGAUUCUAAAUGUCUGCAUUGGACACCGAAAGACUGGUUAAAGCGCUCCAAAUAAAAACGAAUUAAAAACUAUUUGGAAAAUUGCUUUUAUUAACAAAUUGGGAGAGAGAGCGAGAUUCAUGCACACGUACAAAAAAUUAUUGUGAAUAAACUGAACG